AUGGCUCUGGCGCCGGUGUCCAGCCCGGCAUCCCCAGAUGAGGAAGCAAUAGUGAUAGAGGUAAAGGACGAGGCAGACCGAGAAGAGCUGCCAACGAUCAAGACCCCUGCUAUGGCAUCGGUCCUGGGCGAGUGCCUGACGGAGGUCCUGCAGGACAUGGGUGCCAGCGUGUCCUCAGAAGAGGAGGAGCUUCUACUUCAGAACUUCCACAAGGCCUGGUUCAAGGAGAUGUCCAAGCUUCCACGCAUGUGGGAAGUUGAUGUGACACUCGGCCAUUGUUUCAGAGGCUCUGCAAGUUCGCGGCUUGGGGCGUUUCGGGUUUCGCCCUCUUGCUGGUUUGGGAGUGCUGCUUGGGCACUCAGCCGCAAGAUGCGUGGCCAGUGA